UGCAUUUUGAUACCAAGUGUGUUGGAUUAUCGACAUGGAAGCAGUAGCGUUGGCAGUGGCUUUUCUGUUGGUCUCGGCGGCCGGCGCCGUCCAGUACGAGGCCACCAACAACGCGGCGGGCACCCCCGGCGGCACCCGCUUCGACAACGAGAUCGGGCUGGAGUACAGCAAGCAGGUGCUGGCCACCGCCUCCUCCUUCAUCUGGACCACCUUCGACCAGCAGUCGGAGGCCGACCGCAAGGACGUCUCGCUCAUCACCCUCAUCGUCGAGACCAUGGACGGCGUCGCCUACACCAGCAGCGACACCAUCCACCUCAGCGCCGACUACGUCGCCGGAUACAACGGCGACGUACGGACCGAGAUCGUGGGGGUGCUGUACCACGAGGACACGCACGUGUGGCAGUGGGACGGCCGCGGCGCCGCCAACGGGGGCCUCAUCGAGGGCAUCGCCGACUACGUGAGGCUGAAGGCCGGGUACGCGCCCAGCCACUGGGUUCAGCCCGGCGGCGGAGACCGGUGGGACCAGGGCUACGACGUCACGGCGCGGUUCCUCGACUACUGCAACGAUCUCAAGAGCGGCUUCGUGGCGCAGCUGAACGCCAAGAUGAAGGACGGAUACAGCGACGACUUCUUCGUCGACCUCUUGGGGAAGACUGUGGACCAGCUUUGGAGCGACUACAAGGCCAAGUACGGCGGCUGAGCUCCUCCACACAGACGCCUCCAUAAAUAGAUAGAUAUCCACAAAUAAAGGUUUGUGCGUCCUCCGUCGUCACUAUUGAGUAUAGACGACGACAUGUACUCUCUCAAUUUCCAAUAAAGACUUUUCACUAUUGGGACUA